GUCGCGAGAACCGAUGAGAGCAUGUUCGGGUGCUAUGGUGACAGCUACUCGUACCGCCUGUGGAGCCUGGCCAACGUGUGGGGCGCCUGCCGAUGUGAGUAGCGCGCCGCCAGCCACCUGCAGUGCACGUGCACCCCCUGUACUGAAACUAGGACUUUUACCGCUGACGUCAGCGGAGGCUGUGAAAUCUCGGUGUAGUACGACGUAGAUAGGAAUCCGACGCCGCCGCGAAGUGCUUAUCGCGUUGUUAGAUAGCCCGUGGUCGCGGUUAGUGAGGUGUGAGAACAGAGGUGUCGCUCGAUGAAAGUGCAGAGCCCGUUAAUGGGAGUUGGCGGUUGGUACGAAUGCUUGGCGGCCGGUUGGCUUGCGGACAUGAGGAGUAAGCAGGUCCCCACGUCCACCACCUCGGCCAGGCGGCUCGCGGCCUUAAUCCGCCCGCUGGCCAGCGGUGGGUCGGAGAGCAAGCCGUCUGAAGAAGAAGAAGAGCGGGGCGGCUCUCCCCUCGGGCCCGGCGGCCCCUUCUCGUGCAGCCAGUGCCGCGGUGCCUACCCCACGCGCGAGCAGCUCGAGCGCCACGAGACCCUGCACGCGCCCAACACACAGGUGGAUACAGUCAAAUAUUCAUGCAAGAUUUGCCACAAGAGUUUUGCAAACGUGUACAGACUGCAGCGCCACAUGAUAAGCCAUGACGAAAGCGCACUGCUUCGCAAGUUUAAAUGCAAUGAUUGCGACAAAGCAUUUAAGUUUAAACACCAUCUUAAGGAGCACUUGCGGAUACACAGUGGAGAAAAACCUUUCGAAUGUGCAAAUUGCGGAAAAAAGUUUUCCCAUUCUGGUUCUUAUUCCAGUCACAUGACUUCUAAGAAAUGUCUCGUUAUGAACCUUAAAAUGGGAAGAAUAAAACCUAAUAAUCCUGCAUUAAACCCAGAGCGGAGCCCUUCAAGGAAGAGGACGAACGCUAUGGUCGCUUCUCAGUUGAAUAAUAAUAUUUCACCGAAUGGCAACUCAUUUCUUCCCAUGCCUGCUGCGUUUUUUGCAUCAAUGUCUUCGCAAGAAAAUAAUUUUCAUCGUCCGCCACUGGGGCAGCCUGGAAUUCCUUUCUACAUGCCACCCGGUAUGCCUAUGAGCCCAGCCAGUGGUAUAGCUCCUUACAGUAUACCCACAUCCCUUAGCCAGUUCCUAGAGCAACUAGCUUCUUCUCAAUAUCAACAGAGAAAGAUAGAGAAUCCUGUUAGUCCAAAGCGUAGUAGCCCUCAGCUGGGUGAUCCAGAGGAUCUAAUUGAAGAAGUGACAGAAGAAGAUGAUAAACGAUCAGAAGGAAGCGCAGAAUUAGUUAUGGACAUCGAGGAUGAAGAAGCCGUGUCUAUAAAAAAAGAAAAAGAGGACAGAGAGGACGCGAGAUCUCCCUCCCAUAACUUCGAUUCUGUCCCUUUAAAUAACAAUGCCGAAAACCAUUCCGGUUUCAAUUCCAUAUUAGAAUCGGUGAGCGCAUCUGUGACUAAACAUUUCUUCAGGACCAAUAUGGAAAAGCUUUCGCCAGUUUCAGGCAAUAUUUGUCCGAGCAUAGAGUCACCACCUACUUCUCAUGUAGUUGUCAAGGAAGAGCCAGAUGACACACAUCGAUGUUUGAAAUGCAACUUAACUUUUAAUUGUAAAAGUGACCUAUUAGACCACGAAAAGAUGCUUUGUGGAAAUGUAUUUAGAAAACACGAGGGAUUGGCAGCUCAGGUCGCCGAAACGGUAGCUCUUAAUAGAUUAGAAGCUGAAAUGCGCGCUUCUAUACAAAGUGGUGUAAGUGCAAGUGAAGACGAAGACUUUAAUAGAGAGGAUCGGGACGAUAAAAUAUCAAUACACGAUAAUGAUAGAAAAAUCAGAGUGCGUACAGCACUCAGCGAAGAACAACAAACUGUAUUAAAGGAGCAUUACCAAUUAAAUCCCCGACCAAAUCGGGAAGAAUUCAAACGAAUAGCUCAGCAGAUUGGCCUUGAUAACAGGGUGGUACAAGUUUGGUUCCAAAAUAAUAGAGCUCGAGAAAGAAGAAUGACGCAAUCUUUGACUGCAUCAGACCAACCUUUAGAUUUAUCUACAAAAAAGUCUAAUCAGUCGGUGACGUCGAGUCCUUCGCCAUCGCCACCGUGCAGCAUUUCUGUGACACAUUCCGACUCUGAAGAAGCAGUUAACCUAAGUCAGAAAUCUUCCCGUAGUACAACACCUCAUCGCACGAACUAUCUGAAUACUUACCCACAUUCCAAUUGUUCUUCCUCGUCUUUUACCGAUUUUCGAUUGUCACCUUCGCCGGGAGAGAAUAUUAAUGGGCAGAAACGAUUGCUACCACAAAAGUUACAUGUCAAUCCAAUAGUACCAAUGGACAAACUCCUUCAAUACAACGAUAUGGUAAACGCGCGAUCUCCCGUACUAAACAUGCACCUGACAAGUGACAUCAACCGUCAAACUUCAAGUCCAUCAUACGAGAGAGCACCGUGGGAUGAGAUCCAAGCGCCCAACGAUAUCGAAGAUGAAGCAACAGUACUUAAGAAGAGUAAACUUAAACAGGGAGUAGAAUACAAGGAGGGCGAAGGCCAAUUUGUAUGCGACCAAUGUGACAAAACCUUUGUGAAGCAAAGCUCCCUAGCAAGACAUAAAUACGAGCACUCAGGUCAACGUCCUUACAAGUGUGUAGAAUGCCCGAAAGCUUUCAAACACAAACAUCAUCUAACCGAACACAAACGGCUGCACACCGGAGAAAAGCCCUUCCAGUGCUGCAAGUGCUUUAAGAAAUUCUCCCAUUCAGGAUCGUACAGCCAACAUAUGAAUCACAGGUUCGCCAUUUGCAAGCCCUACAGGGAUUAGAUUGCAACUCGUUUCGAUUGGAACAAAAUUUGGUUUAGCUUUUGUUAAAAAAAUAAAUAUUCUAGUGCACUCGUUAAAUUACAAAAGAGCACCAAGAUCUAAAGAGGUUCGUGUUGACUGCUUUGAAUUUUAUCGGUACGCCAAUUGUAAAUAUACUGAAGUUUAACUACAAUAAUUAAUAUAUGAUAUUUUCAAUACUCUAAUUAGCAAGAUUACUGAUACUAAGUAAUGGACUAAAGAUGGAAAUUCUGAAUUCAACUCGUGUUAUUGAACAUUCAUAUGCUCAUCGAUAUUAAAGUAUUCAUUGCCCGGUAUUUUUGUUUCCAACUUAAUUAAGGUCAUUGCUCAAGAUCAUAUUUUAUACUGUAGAACAUACUUAAUUUGGAAUAACUAUUUAUAAUAUUGAUUGCCAAAUAUCCUCCAAAAGUGCCAUAAACUAAGCCAAAAACUUUUAAACAGGUAGUAGGUAUAUUUUAUAUUAUUUAAUCAUACCAAACGGUCAGUACCUGUAGCAUAAUACUCCAACAAAUAACGAUUGUUUUAUUAUUUUUUAUAAUGUAAUGGACUAAAAUCGAUUAAGCUUUAAUAAUAUUAUAAAAAUGAGUCGUCGUUGUUAAAACAUUAUUUUAUGGUCCUGGUUAAGUGCAACUAUUAAGAUUACCUUAUUUACGCUUGGUUUGAUGGUCAAGCAAAUUGUGAACAAUGUAUAUUUAUAAACGGUAUUUUUGGAUCCUUUCCUACCUUUGUAGUAGAAUUGGCGUUAUUGAUUCUUUUAUAAUAAAGCCUGAAGUGUUUAUGUUGUAUUACACAAUGGACAAUUUGAUAAUUAUUGAAACAUAAAUGAAUGUAUAAUAUACAAAUGCCAGCCAUACAUAUAUAAAAUUAAAGCGAAAGUAUUGUGCGCAGUAGCACACUAACGUAAAGGUUAUAUGUGUAUCUAGUGUGUUCCGUUACGAGGUAACAAGUUAUCAGUGCUACUGGCUUGGUUCUCGGUCUUAACUACAAGAGACUCGGUCUUGUCUACAUAAGAGAUCCGCUUUUGAACUGAACAUCAUCAACGUUCACGCUACUUGUUGAACAUCGCAUCUCUCACCGCACUUCAUGAUCCGCAGCUACGACAGGAGUAGGGUAAUGCAACCAACAAGUGACGAGUUGAGCUCAUUUCUAAGAUAAAACAUUAUAAUUAAGAAUUCCAAGAUCCGUAUAUGAAUGGAAAUAUACUCUGUUAUUAAAACAUAUAAAAUUUAAUAAGUAUAAGCUUCUCGUAUUGUAUUAUUAAGUGUUUAGAUAGAUUAAAUCUUAAUUAAGUUUAAAGCAUUCCAUAAUACUCCUAUGGGAUCUCUGCUGUGUUUAAAAAACUCUUUGAAUUAGUCGAAAGAUUACCAUUGAAUAAGUUGUAAAUAUAAUAAUGUACAUAUUAAGAAUUUAUGUGUAAAUAUGAUCGCUUUAUUACUCGAUAAACAUACAUUUGUGAAAUUGUGCGGUGUCCAGGCUGCAGUGUAGCACAAUGAAUAUGGUGACAAUAAAACAUCUGUUUAUUGAACGCAAUAGGAUAAAAUAACUUUUGAACAUAACGUAUAGCGUAGGAUCGAUACUUGUGUAACGUUGAAAAUAUAUUUAAUAUAACGACAAACUUCAAGUAUGCAAAUAACUCGCAAAAUCAUUUUAUGCUAAAUAAUAGCCACGAGUACACACACAUGGGUACAUUCAAUUUAUUGGUAAAUGUACUUAAUUUGAUACGUAGUGUUAAGUACAUACUAUUUCACAAAUUCAUGCUCACUUAUCAUUUGAUACUAAAACUAAUCAAUUUUAUCUCAUUGUUUAUCACAGCAGUAUAUUAGAUCAGAAAGUUCCUAAGCAAAAAAUACAAUAAGAGAUACCUAAAUGAUUAUUUCUAUUCUAUAUUUUAUAAAUUUAAUAUAAGUAGAUAAAUUAAUUUUAAAGGUUUCUGAGCAACGAAUUACAUAAAUUAUUACAAGCAGUAUAUACCUCAUUCAUCUAGUGUACGUUAGGUAUCAUGCACACAGUAUUCAAAACAUUUGUCGCAACUGAAUUUCAUUGUCAUUAACAAUAUAUUACCAAAUUAAAACACAGACCAGAGAAUACGUAUAUGGAGUGUAGUGCCUUACAGCAUUCCAAUCAAUGACUAAUUGAAAAAAAAAGAGAUUUUAUACCCGUACUGAAGAUAUUUACAGCACGAGAGGUUAUGUCAGCUUCAUUCCGAAUCCGGUUGGUUGGGCUCCAUCUACCUAAUAUAAUCUAGUCUGUGAUUUCAAUGUUCCAUAUAAAAAACAACAGUAUUCAACUUGUGUUUUUUUAAUAAAAACUUUUACAACUCAAUCCAAAGUUAUCUGAAUAGUUGUAUUAUGUACCUAUAACUAAUAUUAAACUAUUGUAGGUAAUCGGAAUAAGCGAUCCUGUUUGAGUAACAUACUCGACAUUAUUAUAUUUUUAUUAUUUAAUUUAGUUUUAAGCAAUUCCAGAUUGGGAGCGGUGGGCUAGACAAACCAAAGAUUACUUAUGUGUAUAGCAUGGCGUGGAAAACUGUACAAUAUAAAUAACCCGUCAUUUUAGGUUUAGAUUAGUUUAAGUUGUGCCAAAUAUUAAUUUUAAGGCUUCAAAUUUAGGUUUUAUAUGAAAAUUUUAUUUUUACAUAAAAAGGCAUGAUGUACUAUAUUAUAACAGAUUUUGUUACUUGUGCAAUAUAAAUCUUGCAUAUUAUGGUAUUUCCUUCUUUACGAAUGUGUAUAGUUGAAAACACAAUAUUAUACAUAUAAUUAGGUGUAACAUUUAGCCAAUGUGAAUUCCUAUUGCCAUAUUUGUCUUUGUUGUAUUUUGUAAGAUGUGUGAUUAGACAUGGACGGUGGGACAGCAAGUGCUGUAUUAUUGUUAAAAUAAGUAAACUUUAGAUUGUUAAACUUACCUAUAGAUUAACAUGUGUUAAAAUAUUGCCUAUAUAAAUUAUAGUAAUUCAUUUUACUUGAUAUUAUAAUGUAUAUUGAAUUUAUGAACAUUAAAAAUAUAUAUAUUGACAAUUCAAUGCAAACCGCA